AUGCCACGGCGUUGCUGUGUUCCCAAUUCUAAGGGAAAUUAUGAUAGUAUUUUAAAAGAUAGUAAUUAUAUAUCUAUGUUUUUCUUCCCCAAAGAUGAGGAAUUGCGGCAAAAAUAGAUGGCUACUAUUCCUCGUAAAAAUUGGACACCAAUAAAAUAUUCUGUCGUUUGCAGUCUGCAUUUUGCAGAAAGUGUUAUUCAAAGGUACCAAGGUAUUCUAUCACCCAAUGGUGUACUGGAGAAUGUUUUGUUGAGAUGUCCAAGACUUAUAGCGAAUGCAGUAUCAUCCAUUUUCCCCAAUUUCCCUUCUUACCUUGUAAAACAUGUGCUACCACCAAGAAAAGAUCCUAAUGAUAAUUCUGACUUUUUGACUCUAAAUACACAGAUUGUGAUUAGUGACAACAUAAAAUUACAAGUUUUUCAAGAAAGCAAUGAAUUUUGAUUCAAUGAUUGAAAGUGGGUACUGCCUAUUGAUAAGAAAUUAUCUAGGUGGUCUCAACUUGAAAAUUUAUUAAGUAGAUAUAAAGUAUUACAGAGUCCACAUUCUACCACUGAUAUAUGUCUUAUUGAAAAAUACCUUGAGAAAUCUCUAGAAGCACUUAAUAAGGCAUAUAUUAUUGCAGAAUCAAUUGAAUGUGCUUAUACCCAAAAUCUUGAAGUAGUAAGAGAUGAAAUAAGAUGA